UACACGAAUUGUAGCAGCAGCAGCAGCAGCAGCAGCAGCAGCAGCAGCAGAGGCUCUGCAGGCAGCACGGCGUCUGUAUUUACAUACUGAACCUGAAGGAUUCACGCCAGGAGCCGCCACUUAGUGUUCCAGCUGCUGCGUUUAACUUCCACGCAGCUUUUUCAAGCUGCUGCUUUUUGCCUCUUGUUUUUGGACGCUGAGGAGAGAGUUAAUUUGCUUUUGGCCGCAGCAGCUAUGGGAGACUACUGGGGAGAGAUAGCGAGUCAGAGGGUGGCCCGAGCCAUGUCGCUGGGUCAUGAUGAGGAGGCGGUGUUGGACCAGGGGAAGACCAGCUCCACCCUCAACACCAACUUUGAGAAGGAAGAACUGGAGAGUCACCGAGCGGUGUACGUCGGCGUCCACGUUCCUCUGGGCCGAGAGAGUCGAAGACGCCACCGUCACCGGGGACACCGUCAUCACCGGAAACGCCGGGACCGCGCAGACCGGGAGGACGGACGGGAGUCGCCUUCAAACGACACGCCGUCUCAGAGAGUCCAGUUUAUCCUCGGGACGGAGGACGCCGACGAGGAGCACAUCCCCCACGACCUGUUCACCGAGCUGGACGAGAUCGCCUUCAGAGACGGAGACUUCCAGGAGUGGAAGGAGAUGGCGAGAUGGCUGAAGUUCGAGGAGGACGUAGAGGACGGCGGUGAGCGUUGGAGUAAACCGUACGUGGCCACGCUGUCUCUUCACAGUCUGUUCGAGCUGCGUUCCUGCAUCCUCAACGGCACGGUGCUGCUCGACAUGAGGGCCAACACCAUCGAAGAGAUCGCAGACAUGGUGAUCGACAGCAUGCUGGCGUCGGGGCAGCUGGAGGAGGGCGUCCGAGAGAAGGUGAAGGAGGCCAUGCUGAGGCGCCACCACCAUCAGAGCGAGAAGAAGCUCAGCAACCGAAUCCCGCUGGUGCGAUCCUUCGCCGACAUCGGCAAGAAACACUCCGACUCCUAUUUACUGGACCGCAACGGGCUGCUGGCGUCCCCGCAGUCGGCUCCAGGAAACCUCGACAGCAAGAACAGCGAGAGUCGCAUCAACGGAGGCAGCCGGGAGAACAGCACGGUGGACUUCAGCAGGGUGGAUAUGAACUUCAUGAAGAAGAUCCCUCCCGGUGCAGAAGCCUCCAACGUCCUGGUGGGGGAAGUGGACUUCCUGGAGCGGCCGAUCAUCGCCUUCGUCCGCCUCUCCCCCGCCAUGCUGCUGACCGGCCUCACAGAGGUACCGGUGCCUACCAGGUUCCUCUUCCUGCUGCUGGGCCCGUUUGGUAAAGGUCCUCAGUACCACGAGAUCGGCCGCUCCAUCGCCACGCUGAUGACGGACGAGAUUUUCCACGAUGUGGCCUACAAGGCGAAGGACCGGAUCGACCUGCUCUCAGGGAUCGAUGAGUUCCUGGAUCAGGUCACGGUGCUUCCUCCGGGCGAAUGGGACCCCACCAUCCGCAUCGAGCCCCCAAAGAGCGUCCCGUCUCAGGAGAAGAGGAAGAUGGCGUCGGCUGCUAAUGGCUCCGCCCACGUCUAUGACAGCAUCAAGGAGGCGGAGCAUCAGACGGGACCAGAGCUGCAGAGGACGGGAAGGAUCUUUGGCGGUUUGGUGAACGACGUUCGGAGGAAAACUCCCUUCCUGUGGAGUGACAUCAGAGACGCCGUCAGCCUGCAGUGUCUGGCGUCCGUCCUCUUCCUGUACUGCGCGUGCAUGUCGCCCGUCAUCACGUUCGGAGGGCUGCUGGGAGAAGCCACCAAGGGAAACAUAAGUGCCAUAGAGUCUCUGUUCGGGGCGUCUCUGACCGGCGUGGCCUACUCUCUGUUCGCCGGUCAGCCUCUCACCAUCCUGGGCAGCACCGGUCCGGUUCUGGUCUUUGAGAAGAUCUUGUUCAAGUUCUGCAGUGACUACGGCCUCUCCUACCUGUCCCUGCGUACCAGCAUCGGCCUCUGGACCGCCUUCCUCUGCCUGCUGCUGGUCGCCACCGACGCCAGCUCUCUGGUCUGCUACAUCACGCGCUUCACCGAGGAGGCCUUCGCCUCGCUCAUCUGCAUCAUCUUCAUCUACGAGGCUCUGGAGAAGCUCGUCCAACUGGGCGAACUCUACCCCAUCAACAUGCACAGCGCGCUGGACAACCUCACCUUCUACACGUGUCAGUGUUCUGCACCGGCCAACGCCUCGGCUGAAGUCCUGCAGACCUGGAGCCAGAAAAACGUCACCUCAGAGAGCAUCGAGUGGGGGGAGCUGACUGUGAAGGACUGUGUGGAUCUUCACGGGGAGUUUGUCGGCUCGGCCUGCAGCCACGAGGGUCCCUACGUCCCCGACGUCCUCUUCUGGUCCGUCAUCCUCUUCUUCACCACCUUCUUCCUCUCCUCCUUCCUCAAACAGUUCAAGACCAAGAGAUACUUCCCCACCAAGGUCCGAUCGAGCAUCAGUGACUUUGCCGUCUUUCUGACCAUCAUGAUCAUGGUGUUGGUGGAUUAUCUGGUGGGAAUCCCUUCCCCCAAACUCAACGUUCCCGACCGCUUCGAGCCCACGUCCAGCACUCGCGGCUGGCUGAUCUCGCCGCUGGGACCCAACCCCUGGUGGACGCUGCUGGCGGCCGCCGUCCCCGCUCUGCUCUGCACCAUCCUCAUCUUCAUGGACCAGCAGAUCACCGCCGUCAUCGUCAACAGGAAGGAGAACAAACUCAAGAAAGGCUGUGGCUACCACCUGGACCUGCUCGUGGUGGCGGUGAUGCUGGGCGUGUGCUCCAUCAUGGGCCUGCCGUGGUUCGUGGCGGCGACCGUGCUCUCCAUCUCCCACGUCAACAGUCUGAAGCUGGAGUCUGAGUGCGCGGCGCCCGGCGAGCAGCCCAAGUUCCUGGGCAUCCGAGAGCAGCGAGUCACCGGCUUCAUGAUCUUCGUCCUGAUGGGCUGCUCCGUCUUCAUGACCUCCGUCCUCAAGUUCAUCCCGAUGCCGGUCCUGUACGGAGUCUUCCUCUACAUGGGAGUGUCCUCGCUCAAAGGCAUUCAGCUGUUCGACCGGAUCAAACUGUUCGGCAUGCCGGCCAAGCACCAGCCGGACCUGAUCUACCUGCGCUACGUCCCGCUGUGGAAGGUCCACGUCUUCACCGUGCUGCAGCUCACCUGCCUCAUCGUCCUCUGGACCAUCAAGGCCUCGGCCGCCGCCGUGGUCUUCCCCAUGAUGGUUCUGGCGCUGGUGUUCAUCCGGAAGCUUCUGGACUUCUGCUUCACCAAGAAAGAGCUGAGCUGGCUGGACGACCUGAUACCGGAGAGCAAGAAGAAGAAGGACGACGACAAGAAGAAGAAGGAGAAGGAGGCUGCUCAGAGGAUGCUGGAGGUCGAGGACGUGGAGGAUGAUCCGCCGUACGAUGGAGGAAACAUCAACUUCCCGAUCAAAUCCCUGAAGGGACGCUUGGACCCAUCAGAAGUGAACAUCUCGGAUGAAAUGGCCAAAAGCGGCAUUUGGAAAUCAGUUUCCAUGAACAAUGAUGGCAGCAAAGGUCUGAAACGCAGCAACAGCCUGGAGGAGCUGCAGAGCGUCCAGAUAAGCGUGGAGAACGAGGACGGUCGCAGAGUGGUGGUGGACGCUGAGACGUCGCUAUGACCACGGCGUUGCUGACUGCGUGCCUCCGUGUCCUCUGAGCUGCGGCGAGCGGUCGCCAGGGCAACCGAUCACGCUCCGCCUGGCCGCGCCGUACUUCCCCCCCCCCCCCCCCGCUGCCUUGUUCAGACGGAGGCCAGCAUUUUAUUUUCUCAUCGUUUUAUGGUGAAAACAUGGAGACUCCGCCACUCGGGAGCAGAUACACGGACGCCACCUUUUCUCUGGAGCACAGCUGCCUUCCUCAGGUCUUCUUUGGGAUCGGCUGAUUGGCUGAUUGGCUGAUCGGCUGAUCGGCUGAUUGGCUGAUUGGCUGAUUUCUUCUCCAGACUGAUGAUCUGAAAAACAUACACCUGAAGUUUAAUUUUAUUUGUUUUAAAUGUACGAGACUCUUCAAUCCAUUAUGCUGAUUUAAGGUGUGUGUGUGUGUGUGUGUGUGUGUGUGUGUGUGAGACUGUGUGUGUGUGUGUGUGAGACUGUGUGUGUGUGUGUGUGUGUGUGUGUGUGUGUGUGUGACUGUGUGUGUGUGUGUGUGUGUGUGUGUCUGAAUGAUGUCACAGCCGUUGUCGUCUUCUAAAAGUUUCAAUAAAAAUCAGUUUGGUGACGAAAAAAUGAAA